AUGUCUGACGCCUCCCGCCUUAAGAACACAGUCUACGUCGGAGGGCUGGAUCAAUGCGUCACAAUCCGCACCCUAACAGAAGCCUUCCUCCCCUUUGGUGAAAUUGUCGACAUCACUCUGCCCAAACCCGAAGCGCCCUCCUCAAACGAUCUGCACCGCGGCUUCGGCUAUGUCGAGUUCGAAGACGCGCAGGAUGCCCAAGAUGCCAUUGACAAUAUGGACCAGAGCGAGCUGUAUGGACGGAUAAUUAAGGUUGCUGCUGCGAAGCCACAGAAGGAUAGUAAUGAGGGCCUGGGGAGUAGGACGGCGAUUUGGGAACAGGCAUGGAGGGCUAUUUGGCUCAGCAUGCCGUUAGCAAAGAGGAUAGCAUCGCUGAACGGGGCGGGGCGGGAUCGAAUAGCCAUCCUGAAGAUCCCAUGCAAGGCCUGGAAGGUCUAG